AUGGUCGACAGCAGCCGAUUAAAGGUCCUGUCAGUUGGCAGCAACUCCAUCUCUGCAUUCCUCUCCUGGAGACUCACUGCCAGCAAUGCCGCCGACGUGUCGCUCAUUUGGAAAUCUCAUUAUGAAAUCGUCAUGAACUAUGGUAUUGCCUUCAAGUCGCAGCAACUUGGUCCCGGCAGACUCCGUCCUUUCCAAGUCUCAAAAUCUAUCGACGACGUCAGAGUUCCCGAAGGCGGUUUCGAUUACAUUCUCCUCUGCGUCAAAGCCCUUCCAGAUGUUUACGACCUUGGAUCCGUCAUCGAAAGAGUGGUCACUCCAGGCCACACAUGCAUCGUCGUCAACACAAGCACUGGCAUCGGUAUCGAAUCGUACCUCGAGUCUGCCUUCAAGGAAAACGUCAUUCUCUCGCUCGUGUGCGACUCGAAAGUUUCGCAAAUCGGACCUGCAGAGUUCGAGCAGAGCGGCACCGACGCAGCCCAGUACUGGAUUGGUUGCUGCACAAAGACGCAACCGACAGAUCCUACGACGAUCGACGACAUGGCUGAUUCGCUAGCGCUGACGCUCGAAGCCGGAGUUGUAAAGUGCGCCGUGUCGAAGAACAUCCGUCAGCAGCAGUGGGAGAAGUCGAUCGGUCCUAUUGCAUUGCAUUCACUAUCAGUAAUCAUGGAGGAACCCAACCUCUCUUCUCUUAUCCUCAUGCCUCGCAUGCGCGCAAACAUUGCCGCCGUCAUUGACGAACUCAUCUUGAUUGCCAGGUCACAACGAUGCUCAUUCGACAGCAAUUUUGCUCGUCGCGUUCUUGAGACGACGGCUGCCAACCCCAAGCCUUCGAUGAUGUACCAGGAUUAUCUCGCCAAGCGACCUAUGGAAGUCGAGGUCAUGGUGGGCAAUCCUCUCAAAAUCGCCGACGACAUGGGCCUGAAGGUUCCGCGCCUUGAGAUGGUCUACCUCACACUUUCCCGUCUUAACGAAAUCAACCAAUCAAGAGGCGCUAUGGCCACACCCAUCAUUCCCGCUGUUCCUUCCCGUCAGCCAUCCAACAUGAGCUUAGCCGCUGCGGCGCGACGCGCACCUGUUCAGAACGGUACACAGGCGGCCCCUCCUCGUCGACCUGCAUCUUCGCAAAACGGACAUGUUUCUCGGAAAUCGAUUUCUCGACGCAGUUCGAUGGAAGGCCUCGAGGAGUUUUCUGAUGUCGUCGCAUACAGCAGUACGCUUCCUUCUCCUGUGAACAACGGCAGCGAAUUUGCUGCGCCUGGAAAGGGUAAACUUGCCGGAUCGCCGUCGUUGCAGGACUUGACGUUGCGCGAGCGAGAGAUGGAACUUCGACAACGGGAGAUUGCUAUCCGUGAGCAGGAGUACGCGAUGCAGCAGCGUCAAAGAGGCAUGCGCCCUUCGAUGACACCUGGCGGAAUCCCCAACCGUGCGCCAUAUGCUGGCGGUGACUACUUCAGUGGACCAGCGCAGCCUCCUGUGGAAGUUGACAUGGUUGCGUACACCUCGCAGCGAAACAGACGCACUAGCAAUGUUGGUGGGCGGACGAAGAAUGAGUCGAUGACCAAUGGCGGUGGUGGAGUGAGUGGUGCGUUCCAGCGCCUGAUGCGAUCCGGCCGAAAGCAGAGCAUGACGCCGGAUCAAAGCUCGGUGGGCGUGGACUACUACGAUUCUCUGACGUCGUCCGUUGCCGACUACACGUCUGACCGCUACCAUGAGGUCGACAGUCGCGUGCUGGCCGACAGCCGUGCGAAUUCGAUGUCGUCGAACGCACCCCGUCCGUCGCUGUACCACCACUCACAGUCCUUACCGAUUAUGUCGCCACAGAUGGGACGUAGCUCCGCCAUGCUCGACAGCGCGCCGCCGGCGCCGCCAAACAGUCGAUUCAGAUAUGCAUCCAACCCGCGUGCGAUGCACCACCACCAGCAACAGCAGCAGUACAUGCCGCCGCCAAUGCAAGCCCGCAAGCUGAGCUCGCUUGUCGGACCUAGUCCGAUGGACGCGAUGAUGACAGCUGCGUUCGGACAAGGCUCACCUUCUUCUUCGUCGUCGUCGUCGGUGCGUGGCGUUCCUCUGCCGCGCAUGUCUGCCCCUCCGCCACCGCCGCAGCAGAUGAUGAUGCGUCGGACUCCCGAGUCUACUUCACCCGAGGAGUCUGACUCUGAGCUCUACGCGGCCGCGGCGGCAGUCGGAGGCAAGGACCAUGGUCGACGAAGGCGCAGCCUGACUGGCAGCGCUAGCGCCAGUGCGAGCACGAGCAACGACAAUGGCAGCGGCAACAGCAGCUCCGCUAGCAGCCUCGAGCAGAAGUAA